GCCCCAUUUUGUGGAUGGCCGAAAUCUGGCUUAAUAUAUAAAUAACCGUCAUAUUUCUCAUUAGAAUCCUAGGGUUUGCGCAGCUCGUCUCGGCAGGGGAACGACAGCACUGGUACCUCCACUUCCUUUGCCGCCACCAUGGGUCGUAUGCAUAGUCGCGGUAAGGGUAUCUCAGCCUCAGCUUUGCCAUAUAAGAGAACUCCGCCAAGUUGGCUUAAGAUAUCUUUCCAGGAUGUGGAGGAAAACAUAUGCAAGUUUGCGAAGAAGGGUCUGACUCCGUCCCAGAUCGGUGUGAUUCUUCGUGACUCUCACGGUAUCGCUCAGGUCAAGAGCGUUACUGGAAGCAAGAUCCUCCGUAUUCUCAAGGCUCACGGCCUUGCUCCCGAAAUUCCAGAGGAUCUGUAUCAUCUUAUCAAGAAGGCAGUCUCCAUCCGUAAGCAUCUGGAGAGGAACAGGAAGGAUAAGGAUUCAAAGUUCAGGUUGAUUCUUGUUGAGAGCAGGAUUCACAGGCUCGCUCGCUACUACAAAAAGACAAAGAAGCUUCCACCUGUCUGGAAAUACGUUGGUGGCAUUGACGAACUCCCAGUGGGACAGGCUCUGUUCUUCCACUUGGUCAAAAUCGAGGUCUUCAAUCAAAGUGGAAUUGCAUGGACGAUGAGGAUGAUGAUGCCUUGGAGCUCUUUGCCAUUGUCACCCUUUUACAACUUUUAUUUUCCUCUUUAACUUCUUUGUUUGUGUGAAAUGCAGCCAAAAGUAUGCUAAAAUUAUUUGGAUGAAAAGAAAAGAAAAUGUGUUCCCUGGAAAUUAUGUCGGGUGGAAGUUUUUUUUUUUUUUUUAGAGAGUGUGAGAGAGAAGUGGGCUGUAGUGGGCUGUUGAAUUUGAAAUUCGAAUUGAGUGAUGCUAAAUUUUAAUCUGAAAAA